AUGAAAGUCAUCAUUGUCGGGGCCGGCUUGGGCGGCCUCUGUGCUGCACUUGGGUUCGCUCGAAAAGGCCAUCAAGUCUGGGUUCUGGAACAGCGUCCAAAUGUUACCCCUGCCGGCGGUGCCCUCAACAUUCGACCUGGCGCGUCAAAAAUUCUUCACAGCUGGGGGCUUGCUGAGGAAUUACAACAAGUUUCUGUUGACACGGCUGCCAACGUGCUACGGAACUUAGCAAGCGGCCAGGUUGCGACUCGAGCGAUCGCGACCGAGAUCUCCGACCAUCCAGACUGGGGCACGAGCAGAGAUGUACUAAUAGGAACAUUCCAUCGAAAAGCAAAGGAAGCAGGCGCCACGAUCAUGUUCAACGCUGCCGUUACCAAAGUGGAAGACAGCGCACAAGGAGCUUGUGUUACGCUGCGAGAUGGAACUCGCCUAGAUGCAGAUCUCGUCUUAGCCGCCGACGGAAUCAGGUCGAAUAUUCGAGAGCAAAUCCUUCGAGGUACUGGCCAGCCUAUCGACCCAAUUAUCACUGAUGUGACACUUUACGGCGUACAUCUUCCAAAGGAGGAGAUCACGUCCAUCCCUGAAUUAUCUCCUCUGAUGGAUCAAUCAUAUCUAAACGUGUACAUGGGCGAGGAUGGUAAGGUACAUGUUACGAGUAGAUAUAACAGCACACUUGGGUCAUACUCCGCGUUAUUCGGAGUGAAGGGUGAUACCGAUCAGCGCGGGCUUUGGGACGAGAAUGGUGAUAUCGAAUACGUUCGCAAGUUGUUCAAGGGAGCUUGUCCAGAGAUACGCAAGGUCCUUGAUGUUGCCAAAAAGUGCGACAGAUGGAGGCUUGCGGAACUUCCCGAUUUGCCUCGUUGGACUAGUGAAGAAGGAAGAAUCGUGUUGCUUGGAGACUCUGCUCAUGCCAUGCAGCCAAGUGCUGCUCAGGGCUUUUCGCUCAUCGUAGAAGACAUAGGCGUCUUGGAAUACCUUAUUUCCCAGUCUCCCGACCCCAUCGUCGACAUGAGGAGAAUCACUUCAGAUUGGCAAAAUAUAAGGAAGACUAGAUGCGAACGUUUCAAGGCCUGGGCAAGCCACAACACAGACUUGUUCACAAGCCCAUCCAAAAGCAUCAAGCCCGGUUCUGGCCAAUGGCAGGUCAAAUCUCUCAAAAAUACUAAACCCGACAUUAAUGCAGAAUUUGGGACGGCUCCAUUUCUGAAGUGGGCGCAAGGAACGGAUGCUAUUGCUGAGGCCGAACGAUAUCUACGAGCCAGCGGUCCACGGCUAUGA